AUGGACGGCUACUCCGAGUUCUACAUUUCUUGUAACCCCCCGUUACUCCCUAACGGCGUCUCAUCCGUUAUUACAGAUGCCGUAAAUGACUUGGGACAGAUUCUUAUCGAGGUCCUGUACGAGCCCGAAGUCUGUUGGUUCAAGUUCAUCUCCGUUGUUCAAGACCAGCCCCAAAUUACACAUUGGAUGCACAAGCGCCUGGAACGACUGUUCGAAGCUGAGGUUUGCCCGGUCAAUGACGACGAAGAUCUAUUCGAGGACCAGGACGAUGCUGGUUACUCUGAUCCCAAAGCUCGACCCGAUGUCCAGCUGUUGACUGAAACGCCUCAUGUUGUUCCUUACCCGUUACUUAAGCACACUUCCCCGGACAUCAAGGAGCAGUAUGACCGCUACAGGUACCCAGACCACAUCAAGCAUCUCUCUCAUAAGAGGACAUGGCAAAGCCCUGAAGGGUUGGAAGGAGUCACUGUCUCACAAAUCCUCUCCAAAUUCGAGCCUCUAUUGCCAGCCUUACUUGGCCCCUCCGGCAUUGAGAAGUUAGCAGAACUCACAAAAUGUCAAAUAUCCUACAAUCUCCGGGGCUCACUUUUGUACAUUGGCAGUGACCAGGGUCUGAGCGCACUGGAUGCUGCAACGCAAAAGCUCAACACACUUGCGAGCCUCACGGAUGCCCCUUCAGCUACAACCUCGCAUUUUAUCUUCACCAGGAAGCCAGAAUCAGCCAGGGUGUGCUAUGUGUGGACAACGCACGUUGGCCUGUCGACGUUGACAUAUGCUGAUCCUGAGUGCUUCGACUUGAAAGAGGAAUACAAGCGCAUUGCAGGCGCAGUAACUUUGAGAACUGGAAUUGUUAACAACAAAGGCCUACUAAUCCCCGAUAGCACAACAUAUCCAACCGAGUCUACGGGUCCUAGGCGCAAGCAAACAGAGUUCCGUCCUUUUGAGGGGUACACAUACGGCAACAAGCAGUCCGGCACAACAGCAGUAAAGGACCAGAAGCGUCCCCUCCGGUGUUUCCGGACGCAGCCCGAAACGAGCAGGAAAACCGCGAAGUCCGAAGGAAAGCAAUUUCCUACUGCAGCCAAGAAUGUGCAAGUAACUAUGGCACAUUGCGCUGCAAGCACUGUUAAUGAAGCUGCCGACAAGGCUUCCCCAGCUCAUUCUUCGAGGCGGAAGCCAAAGACUAUUUCCGAUCCACAAAGUACAUGGGUAGGUUCCUUGAAUUCAAAGGUAUCGCCCUUACAAAACGGCACGGGUGAGCUCAAGUCUCUGCUCCACCGUCGCGUCGAAGUGGCUCAGUGGCUGGGCGGGAUACAGUCCGAUGAACCCCCAGAAGCCCCAAACGAGGUGGAUGACGAUGAAGAGGCUGCACCUUGUUUGAUAACCUCCCAAACUGCUGGAGACCUUUACGAACCCAGACUUCCUCAGCCAGUCGAGGUCCAAAACUCACAUCAACUGGAAGAUAGAUCCGGACAAGGAACACUUGUGUUUGGUGAAUCAGCCUGUCUGGACCAGCCUCAAUUAGGUCCCGCCUUGUCACGAACGCCUACCACCUUACACGAAGUUCCAGAGCACGGUAUGCCCGGUACAGGGAAUGUUCACAGAGAACGACAAAACCCGCCAAACCCUCCGAUAACGAAACCGACUGGGCAGAAUUUGAUGGAUAUGUUCGAUGGGCCUAUCAGUAUUCCAGUCCUCAUACCGGAGCAGGCUGUUGCACCUAGCUAUGGUGCGGAGACUACCCAAAGCCCAAAUGCCACACAUUCUGAGGUUAUGUUCGGCAAGCAAAGCGAUGAACCAAAAGCUCUGUUCAACACGAUGGGUCAGAAAGCCGCCCCUGAUCGUUCAUGGGCUGGCAUCGCCUCAAGGAAGAAUACAGCAAUCAAAGAACAGAAUGAUACGGAUUUUGGGCAGAACGUGCGAGUCAGGGAUGACCGUCCCUUGAACCAAGAGCCGAAGACGACAGGGCCCUCAUACCAAGAGAGAAAUCAGGAAACUCACUGUGAGGUCUCUGUUUCCACUGCACAUGUCGUGCCAGGGAUGGAUGCACCCGUAAUUACACUGGACAACGACGGAUCUGUCAAAGUCAGUUUUGACGCAGAGAAGAAGUUGCAGGACUUGCUGGAGGUUUUCCAGGCAGUCCCAGGUAAAAUCAGUGUUGAAGCCAAGUUUGGUAGGGUUUGCAUCAAAGGCAUUCCGCCUGCGGAAGUCUACUUGAGCCCCUCCCCUAACGGACCUUUCGAGUCUGCUGGUGCCAAAGCUAGACACUUGAACGACAACAAUCCCCACGUGGAGUUCUAUCCAAUUCUUACAACUAGCGCCACAGAAGCCAACUUGAUUCCAGAGAUGAAAGGCGGCAGAAACUCAUGGGUACUGGUGGAGAAACGGGUGUAUUACGAGUUUCUCUGCAUGGAAAAAAAUGAAACUUACCCCCCAAAACGGCUUGUUGUGAACGUCGAUGCAGAUACUUUCACCCACGAGUGCCUUCCUUUGGCACGGGAGAUGUCCCAGGCUUUCAUCCAUUGCGCACAAAAUGCAUGGGAUGUCAAGCUCAGUAUUUCACACAGAGAUAUGGCGCAAGUCACCAAGGACUUUGAGGAAUUUGCUGCAUGCCUGGUUCAGUCUCUGGAUAUUAAGACAAACGAGAUAGGAGAAAUCGAUAUCCAAGUCGAACCAAAAGAUGCGACAGAAUGGUGUGUUGAACGAGUUAGAAUACACCACGAGGCGAAGUACCGGAACGGAGCCAAGGGGCCAACUUGGCUUACAACUACGAUGGUUCGCGUGGUCCAACCAUCCUCCAAUGGAACGAAGAAACUGUACCGAGGCCAGGUGGUUCCGGUGGCUUUACCGGGGAUUGAGCGAGUUGGCCAAUGGUUUGAGGUUGCGAUUUCAUCUGUUAGAGCUGAGGAUGGACUUCAGGAGAACGUCGGGCUCGAACUCGGCGAGAAAGCCAGCUGGUCCCCUGAAGGUCUAGAGCGCCAUGGAGCAUUCAGAGCCAUAUGCGAGCCUGCGAUAUGGAUGGUGAGUCAGAUGGAUCGCGUGGGGAACUCCAAUGCCAACGGGCACGGGAUUCAGACUGACCAGCCGUUUUUCGAUCCUGUUGAGGAUUCAAAAAAGCGGACCAAGAACUACCAAUUUUGGUAA